GCGCUGCAGGGCUCGGAGCUCAGCCCGUGCCACAUUGCACGAAGUUUUGUUGAGUCGGGUUUUUCCCCAGAAGGCUUGGUUCUUUUGAGAACGCUCUGUAAAAAGAAAGAAAGAAAGAAACAAACAACCCCAACCCCCCAAAACCCGCAGUUCAUCGUGCAUCGAGACCUCGGAACAGACCUCUGUACAUUUCAGCAGUUCAAAAGGAGGAGGAGCGCCACGGGCUGGCCGUCUGCCUGGCGCUCACCACCAUGUGCACCAGCUUGUUGCUCAUGUACGGCGGCAUCGGCAUCGGCGGGGGCCACCCGGAGCCGCGGCGGCGGCAGCAGCAGGUGGCGGCAGUGCCCAGCCGCCCGCCGGAACGCGGCCAGCGCCACCCGGCUCUGCCCGUCGGGGCCGGCCUCCUGGAGGGCUACAUCAGCGUCCUGGAGCACAAGCCGCUGAAGAUGCACUGCAGGAGCUGCGCGCUGGUCACCAGCUCCGGGCAGCUCCUGGGGAGCCGGCAGGGCCGCAGGAUCGACGAGAGCGAGUGCGUGAUCCGCAUGAACGACGCGCCCACGCGCGGCUACGGCAACGACGUGGGCAACAAAACCAGCCUGCGAGUCAUCGCGCACUCCAGCAUCCAGAGGAUCCUCCGCAACCGCAACGAACUCUUAAACAUGAGCCACGGGGCUGUGUUCAUCUUCUGGGGCCCGAGCAGCUACAUGAGGAGGGAUGGCAAAGGCUUGGUGUACAAUAACCUGCAGCUGAUGAACCAGAUACUGCCUCAGUUAAAAGUGUAUAUGAUUUCUCGCCACAAGAUGCUUCAGUUUGAUGACCUUUUUAAACGGGAGACUGGAAAAGACAGGAAGAUAUCCAACACUUGGCUUAGCACGGGCUGGUUCACAAUGACUAUCGCAUUAGAGCUCUGUGACAGGAUAAAUGUUUAUGGCAUGGUGCCACCGGAUUUCUGCAGGGAUCCUAAUCAUCUUUCAGUACCUUAUCACUACUACGAGCCUCUGGGCCCAGACGAGUGCACAAUGUACAUUUCCCACGAGCGGGGCCGCAAGGGCAGCCACCACCGCUUCCUCACCGAGAAGCGCGUCUUCGAGAACUGGGCUCGGACAUUCGACAUCCACUUCUUCCAGCCCGACUGGGAGCCACAGCCGCUCCCUGGAGCCCAGCCCGAGGCCAGCCCGCUGGCCUGAGGCACGGACACACGGACACACAAACCCAGCCACGGCACCUCCCGCAGCAGCAGCCUCUGGGGCUUUGGGCCAGCACAGCAGCCUGAGGAGAAGGGUCCCAGGGUGUGCAGCUGGCACCCGCAGCAGCAGGCAGGAACG